GUACCAUUAUUCUGUUUUCCUGAUGCUUUAGAAUAUAAACCUGUUAAAAAUAUGAAAAGUGAAACAUAUUCGUUUGUAUUAACUAACUUUGAUGGUGGUCGAGUUUUUGGCUACUGUAAAAGAAUUCAGCCCUGUGAUUCAACUUUACCAGAAGUUAUAUGUAUAAUCAGCCCAGUUGAUGCUAUUAAUAUGUAUAAUGUGUUAUUAAAUGAAAUUGAGAUGAGAAGACAGAUCUCUAUGGAGAUAGCUAAAGAAUUAUUAGCAGCUUCAUUUGGACGACCUUUACCUAAACCUGGUAAAGAUGUUCAGAUACGAUGUCUAGAUGAACUUGGUGAAAUGGAAACAGUACAUCUCCAUAGACCAUCUGAUGCUAGACUAGAUAAUGUAAAUUAUGAUUGUUUAUUAGUAUAUCUUGGUACUGAUCGACUUAUUAAAGUAUUCUCAGCUUUACUAUUAGAGCGUCGUGUUAUAUUGUAUUCUAAAAGUUUGAGUGUUUUAACACAAGUUAUUCAUGCUGUUGUGGCCUUGUUAUAUCCAUUUCACUGGCAACAUAUUUAUAUACCAAUUUUACCUAGUUCAAUGUUAGAUGUUUGUUGUGCUCCCACACCUUAUCUAAUUGGUAUUUUAACAUCACACUUAAAUACAGUUCUAGAUUUACCACUAGAAGAGGUUAUGAUAGUAGAUUUAGAUAGAAAGAAUAUUUUGAGAUCUGUUGGAGAUGAAUCAACUAUAUUACCUAAAAAAAUAACUAAAGCGUUAAAGACUGCCAUUAAUAUGUGCAAAAUAGAUGCUGCAGAAAGAUCUCAGACUUUGAUGAUAUCAGAAGCAUUUUUACGUGUUUUUGUUGAAACUAUUGGUCAUUACGGUGAAUUUAUUACUACACAACAAGACGGCAGAAAAAGCUUUUUAAAAGAAAAUUUUAUAAGUAAGAUAGAAUCUCAAGGCUUACAGCAAUUUCUAGAAUGGUUUACUGAAACUCAGAUGUUUGAAGUUUUCAUAACAAAUCAUUUAGAAAAACAAGAUUGGGGAUCAGUUGGUAAGAUUCAGUAUAUUUGUUUUUAUUCUGUUUAUCUAUUUAAGAAUAGAGUUACUUCAUUCUGUCUAUUUAAGAAUAGAGUUACUUCAUUCUGUCUAUUUAAGAAUAGAGUUACUUCAUUCUGUCUAUUUAAGAAUAGAGUUACUUCAUUCUGUCUAUUUAAGAAUAGAGUUACUUCAAUCUGUUUAUUUAAGAAUAGAGUUCCUUCAUUCUAA